CCAUCUCUCUCUCUCUCUCUCUCUCUCUCUCUCUCUCUCUCUCUUCUUUGUUCUUCUUAUAUUACAAGAAUCCUGACAUGGGUUCUUUGAAUUUUGUGGAGUUGGGGUGAGAAGAGAAGUGUUUUGGAGUUUUAGUGAUGGAGAAGGAGAGUUUUGUGAAGAAUGGAGAGUUGAGAUUGCCUCCUGGGUUCAGAUUCCAUCCAACCGACGAAGAGCUCGUCGUUCAGUACCUGAAGCGGAAGGUGUUUUCCUGCCCUUUGCCUGCUUUGAUUAUUCCUGAGCUCGAUGCGUACAAAUCCGAUCCUUGGGAUUUGCCAGGUGAUUACAAGAGAGAGAGAUACUUCUUCACUACAAGAGAAGCGAAAUAUCUUAAUGGGAAUCGGCACAAGAGAGCAACCGGUUCGGGAUACUGGAAGGGCAUCGGUGCAGACAAGCCAAUUGUAGCUGCUAGAAGCAACCAAGUAGUGGGGAUGAAGAAGAUUCUUGCUUUCUAUGGAGGAAAGCCUCCGAAGGGGACUAGAACUGAUUGGAUCAUGCAUGAGUAUCGCCUUUCCGAUGCCGCCGGAAGUCGAUCUUGUGUCUUCCCACAAAGGAAAAACUCGACUCAAAAUUUCAUGAUGCAAACGGAAGAUUGGGUCCUUUGUCGCAUAUUCACGAAGAAAAGGAGUACUGGAAAUGAGCUGGAGAUCAUCGAAACAUGUAACAAGAGCAACGCUAAGAAUUUUGGGGUAGCUCGAAACAAUCGAAUUGAUUUUAUGAUCCAACAGACGAAAAGCUCAGUCUCUCCUUCUUCUUCUUCUUCAUCUUCUUCCAAUGUGAGCAGCAUUACCGAACUCACGGUCGAAUCUCAAGAUGAAGAAAACACUAGCUGAGAGGCAUAAGUCCUCUUCAAAUGGCUGUAACUUAUCUUGGUGUUCUAUUUUUAUCUUCGAAACCCAAGAAGAAUAACAUUCCCAAUGUGAUCCUUGUACUAAUAUACUUUUGGGUCUGUUUUAAAACCAAGAGCAAUCUUCAACCA